AUGCGAGCAAAGGGGGUCUUCUUUUCCUAUAACAAUGUCCUGCACUUCCUGCAUUUCUCUACCAACCUCCAGGACAUGGAACAAGCUCAGAAUCAGCCCACAGAUCCCAGGGCUGCCAGGGCUGCCAGGGCUGCACUGAGCUCCGUGCCCACAGGAGACAGGAGAGUUUCCAGGUCUCCCACUGGGGUGCCUGAAGAGUGGGAGGAAGGAGAUAAAGAGAGCGCACCAGCCAGAGUGGUGCAUCUCCAUCCUGGGGUCGCGUUGUUGCUGUUUCCUGUGGACUGCCCCAGGGGACCCAGGUAUCACAUAGAAUGGGCAUCAAGUGCAGUGGGUAACUAUAGCAUUGUCACGGAGUUUGUGCUCCUGGGAUUUUCUCAUCUCCAUGAGUUCCAGGUCCUGCUGUUUGCUCUAAUCCUGUUGAUAUAUGUGCUGACGCUGCUGGGCAACCUGGCCAUCAUCAGCCUCACUUGCCUUGACUCCCACCUUCACUUACCCAUGUACUUCUUCCUCUGCGACUUAUCCCUCAUGGAGAUGCUGGUCACCUCCACUGUGGUACCUAGGAUGCUGGCAGACCUGCUAUCCACUCACAAGACGAUGUCUCUGGCUGAAUGCCUAAUCCAGUCUUUCUUUUACUUCUCCCUGGGCUCUGCCAACUUCUUGAUCCUCACGGUCAUGGUCUUUGAUCACUACAUGGCCAUCUGCCGCCCCCCGCACUACCCAACCAUCAUGAAUGGUUCAGCGUGUGUGAAGCUGGUGGUGGCCUGUUGGGUGGUUGGUUUCCUCUCCAUUGUCUCUCCCACACUGCAGAAAAUACAGCUCUGGUUCUGUGGCCCUAACAUCGUCGACAACUACUUCUGUGACUCUGCCCUGCUGCUCAAGCUUGCCUGCUCUGACACCCACCAUAUUGAGCGCAUGGUUCUCUUCCUGUCCCUGCUCUUUGUGCUGACCACCAUGCUGCUCAUCAUCCUCUCCUACGUCCUCGUUGUGGCUGCUGUGCUGCACAUCCCCUCCUCCUCUGGGUGCCAGAAGGCCUUCUCCACCUGUGCCUCUAACCUCACAGUGGUGGUGCUGGGCUAUGGCAGUGCCAUCUUCAUCUACGUGAGGCCAGGCAAGGGCCAUUCCACACACCUCAACAAGGUGGUGGCCCUGGUGACUGCAGUGGUAACUCCUUUCCUCAACCCCUUCAUCUUUACCUUCCGGAAUGAGAAGGUCAAGGAGGUCAUUGAGGAUGUGACCAAAAGGAUCUUCCUUAGAGACCCAGCAGCCUGUAGGUGAAAGAGUGAGCCCUUGACAGGGCUGGAGAGCACCUGACAAGUCAUGAGGAGUAGACUUGCUGCAAGUGGGCACCCGCAUGCCUAAGCUGGAGCUCCUCACUCUCUUUUUUUCUCAAUUUCUCCUGCUCUCUCAUCUUCAUGCAAGUUU